CGAGCUGCAUAAAGAAAAAGAUUAAAGACGGACACGAUGAAAUAUGCAAUGUAAUAUGAAUUUAACACAUACGUUUGUCCUCGAUGUAAAUAUAGUUCUUGUUACAUGUCAGUUAUUAAUCGAUAGACUUUCAAGGGACUUUACAACUGGGCCGAAUUUAAAAAAGGAAGGAGUGGGAAGAAGUGUACAUAUUUCGUAAUAUUUUAUUAUUUAUGAUAAUUUUCUAAUUUAUAAUAUAUUAAUCACCACUAAUCUAGAAACCCCGCACUUCCUGUCACAUCGGGAAGUCACUCCCCUGCCUCCGCCCCGUUGCUAUAGGAGCGAGGCCACCUGUUGCCUGGUUACGGUCCUGGCUCGUCGCUCGACCGAUGCUCCGCUCACCGGGCGACAUGGACGAGUCCCACCGGACCAACGUGCUCGUCACCGCCUGCUUGAAGACGCCGGUGGACCCGCGCACCAAGGCGCCGGUGGCGUCCUACGAGCGGGACACCCGGGACACCCGGGACAACUGGGACAACCGGGACCACACCCGGGAGCAGGAGUUUGAGGACUCGGGCUCCGAUUUCUGUGACGACGACUGUCUGGGGAAGGGCGGCCCGCUCGUGGCCAACGCCCACGCGGCGUCCGGAGACCGCCUCGACCUGAGCGGCAUCUUCUUCUCCAACGAGGAGUACUACAGCAAGCUGGAGGAGCUGAAGAAGGCCCACCUCCGCACCAUGGCCGAGCUGGACGGCAUGUACCGGCGGAAGCUGCAGCUCAAGUUCAUGGAGCCGUUGGACGCGGCGACGCUGGAGGCGGGGCACAGGCUUCCGUGGUCAAACACCGGCCCAGCAGCUCCACAGCGGUUGAGGAAGUCCCACUCUGCUGUUGAACUCUGGAGGAGCUCUGGACAGUCGGACUCUUCUGACGAGGAGGACGCUGCCAGCGGCGACGUGGAGAAAGGCCUGCUCUUCUCUCCCAAGGAGCACAUCAAGAACAUGUGGAGGGACUUCAAGCUGUCCCCAAACACUCGUCACCGGACGUCCUCCUCGCUCCAGAGUCUGCCCGGAGACCAGAGGAGAUCAGGGAAGAGGAAAGGCCAGAAGAGGCAGGGGAUGGAGACGGAGAGCUGGAAACACAGAGUGACCGUCCCGAGACCUUUCCACAUGACCCUGCGCGAGGCCGAGAGACGAAAGCGCUGCGUAAAGACGCGCUCCGAGGUGGAGCAGGAGAACGCGGAGCUGCGGCGGCAGCUGGAAGAACUGACCGAGUGCCAGAGGAAGUUCCGCGCCAGCCCCGUACCUGCACACGUUCACCUCCCGCUCUACGAGGAGCUGCAGGAGCGGAAUGACGGGCGGCGGCGAAACAAGGGAGAACGAGAAGAGCGGCAACCUCGAACUGUGCAGAAACCUUUCAGCUUCCUGGAGAGGGAGCGACUCAAGAAGGAGCAGAAACAGCUGCAUGAACCGCGAGCAUCCGACCAGGUGAAAGUUAAACCCUUCAAGGCCAAGCCUGUGCCCAAGGCGGUGUACGCUGCAGCAUCGGGGGAGCUGAUGAAGGAGGAGCAGCUGUAUCGGUCCAUCAAGAUACAGAUGAGAGCUGAGGAGUUGCUCCACGGCGCUUCGAUGCCUCCCAGCAUGCUCGCACGACGACUCGGCGAACGGAGGAAGACCAGAGGCGACGGCGACGCAGCCGGAGGGGACGGCGACGCCUUCACCCACAGACCCCAGAUCAACAAAGAGGUGCCUGACUUCAACGCCAGCUACCGACGCUUCCAGAAGCACCUGGAGCAGCGAAAGGAGGUGAAGCCCACGACCGCGUGUGAACCCUUCGACCUGAGGACGUCGCAGAUCUCCUCGCACCGCGAACGCGUCCUGGCCGACAUGGAGAAGGAGCAGAGCAGCCCGCGGACGCUGCGCUGGCCGCACAUCAGCUCCGGGCCGACUCGGACGCCAAACUCCAGCCUGUGUUCGUCUCUCUCCAGCAGCCUGGAGCUGCUGCCUGCCAAAGACACGGAUGCCACCAAAAAGCGCCACGAGGCCGUGAGAAAGGCUCUGGAGCAGAGGAGGAAGGCCGAGGAGGAGGAGGAGCGGUGGAGGGAGAAGCAGAAGCAGAGGGAGAAGAAGCUGCAGAGGGUGGUGUUGAGGCGGGCCCAAGCCAACGACCCCCACCUGGCUCUCGCACAGACCCACCAGACCAAACUCAAAGAAUUCAGGAAACAAGAUCUCCAGCGCAGGAAGGAGUACCAGCAGGAGAUCGAGGAGAUGCGACGGCGAGUGAAGGGGAGGCCACUGCUGCUGGAGCAGGUUGCACAGACGAACGCCAAGCAGGCGGCCGAGAGGCGCUACACCGACGCUCUGCACGGAUGUGACCUGACGGAGGAGUUCAUCAGCAGCCACGCCGCCCGAUCAGGGUCGGCCUCCCAGUCCAGUGACGGCAAACACAGUGGCCGAGAGAACGCAGACACGGGACAUCAACCCGUCCACUACAGGAAGGUCUUCCUGGAUGACGAAGGCGAGGACGACCCAGACGAGAGGGGGCGAGGAGGGAGAGAGGACCACGAUGGCGACCGCGGAGAAGACAGUUGCCACUACUCGGACGACCACGAGGAUUAUUCUGACGACAGCGAGCACGAUGGUGACGCUGAGGCCAGGCGGCAGGAGGCGGGAGAAUGAUGUCAUCAGACGUUCCAAAAAAACUCUGAUGGAGAAAACAAAAGGGCCGUGAGGAGAGGAACGCUGAGGAGGACGCACUUGUUGUUCCUGGAACGCCAGGACGUAAUAGUAACACCUAAUGUUUUACCUAACUUAAAAAUAAAAUGAUUAGUUCACUUGAAUCAUCACUUUUGAAUCAUCAUCUGUUCUGUUGUUGUGUUUAUUUAGGAAAAUGUGAUGAUUUGAUUUUCCCCGCUCCAUUGUCGAAAUUCAGAGGCGACAAAAUUCAAAUUAAAGGUUACGAAUUUUGGACUAAAAGCCUUUUUCAUUGUGGACAUUUUGACAGAUGUUAGUGGCUCAGUUCUAUUCAAGGGUCUUAAAUACAUGCUAUGUUCUAAUUCAAUAUAAUAUUUACUCCACAAAAAUAUGAACAUACUUUACCAUUUUAUUUUAAUUUUUAUGAUUACAUUUUUCUGGUGCUUCAUCGCCACCAUUCGUUCUGUAUUUCAUUAAUUUUUCCUCAGCUGUGAGCAGCUGACAUGUUUCCUUUGUGCAUCAACAGCACGCAGUGAAAAUCCAACAUAUUUAAUAUUUAAUUUUCACCAUCCCGCAUAUUGUACGUGAAGUAGACUCGGGACACGUGGGCAGAGACAUUCAAAUAGAAGCAGCUCAGUGGAAUGUGGCCGUGUCAUCAAUUUUUAAAAUGACAACUAAAAAUAAAAUCAUACAAUUUCAUGCUGUGGACAAAAUGUCUUUCAUGCUUAAGCUUAAAGAAGAAAAAGAAAUACACCCAGUCUGUCAUCAUACAUGCACAAUAUUAAUAUAGAUUUAAUAAUGAAAUACUUUUUUCUUUCAGUUACUGCUUUUGACCUACAAAUCUGAUGCAAUUUCACAAUGAAUAAGAAUUUAAACAUUUUGUACACGAUCUCACAGAAGUGGACUGAUGUUUAUUGCUCUAUGAAACCGUUUGUUUGACUCAUCUUUACCUUGUUUGUGUCUCACUGAACCGUCUACAA